GAAGUGGCUGGCAAGAUGUUGUUGUGCGCCGUUUAUAGUUGUCCCCCGCAUGCUACGAGGACCGCUUUUUCGGUGUAUAGUAAAGUACAGUGUUUACACACCGAAACAUAUUAAAAUGCCUUCUGGCAAAAAUUUUAGGAGGAGAAGAGAUUCUUCGGAUGUGGAAGAGGAUGAAACGACUCAAGAAGUCAGAUGUAAAGUGGAAGAGGCUAAAGAACUACAGAGCCUGCGGCGACGACAGAACGGAGUCAGCGUGACUGCGUUAUUGGUUGGAGAAAAAUUGCCACCUGAGGUUGAGAUUGAUAAUGACCCUUUUAAGCUAAAAACGGGAGGGGUUGUUGACAUGAAGAAAGUAAAGGAUCGGAAUCGAGACAUGACAGAGGACGAUACAGACCUUAACCUUGGUACCUCCUUUUCAGCUGAAACAAACAGAAGAGACGAAGAUGCAGACAUGAUGAAAUACAUUGAGACAGAGCUGAGAAGAAAGAAGGGCCUCGUGGAAGCGGAGGAACAAAAAGUCAAGGUGAAAAAUGCAGAGGACCACCUGUACGAGCUGCCCGAGAACAUCCGAGUCAACUCUGCCAAGAAGACGGAGGAGAUGUUGUCUAAUCAGAUGCUGAGUGGCAUCCCUGAAGUCGACCUUGGUAUUGAUGCAAAGAUAAAGAACAUCAUCCAGACAGAGGAGGCAAAAGCCAAGCUGCUUGCAGAACAAAGGAACAAGAAAAAAGACAAUGGAACAUCAUUUGUACCUACCAACAUUGCUGUAAACUAUGUCCAGCACAACCGCUUCUAUCACGAGGACGCCAACACAGCUCAGAGGCACCACAGACGAGAUCGAGAGGAACCCAAAGCAAGGCCGUUGCGUGUGGGGGACACUGAGAAACCUGGGCUGGAAACAUCAGAGCCACCUAACUUCCGCAAACGACCAAAUAACGAAAAGGCUACUGAUGACUACCAUUACGAGAAAUUCAAGAAGAUGAAUCGACGAUAUUAAGAUGUUUUAUUGCAAACAGCUUCUGCUGCAACGGCUUCCAUCCCCUCUCUGCCGGCAAAUGUUUUUCUUAAUCCUUUUUUUAUGUUGUACUUUCUGAAAAAGAAUAAUUGUUUAAAAAAAGUGGCUGCCUGGGACUACCAUGACAGAAGCCCAGGUUGAAUCGUCCUACCUGUUACUGAUGGCUACCAUGAGAAUGUUGUGCUUUGUAAAUAAUGUACAUAUUUCAAGUUCAUUACAUUCAUUUUUCUCGAUUAAAAACACAAAAAAACAA